AUGGGUCCAGGCGGAGGGCCAGGCGGCGGAGGGCCGGGUGGUGGCGGUGGCGGGGGCUGGGGACCCGGCGGCGGGGGGCCGGGGGGCUGGGGACCAGGCGGCGGUGGCGGAUGGGCGCCGAUCCCCGGAGGACCGCCGGGGAUGGGCGGCGGGUGGUGGGGAGGCCCAGGCUACUUCGGUGGCUGCAUUCCCAACUGGUAAGUUAGAAUCAGCUAUAUAUACCUCGCGGGUAUAUCGUAUAUUUUUACUUUAUUUUUCUAAUUUCAUCUGUUGAACUGGCAGAUACCACCUUUUUGGAAUCUUACCAUAAUAAGACGCUGAUAACCGCCUGACAUUUAAAGAUUUUCUAAUUUUCAUUUCCACAUUUUCAGUUCAAGCGAAAAAACAACCAGUACCCAUGAAAAUUUAGGAAAUUUGACAUUUUUUUCGAAAUCCAUGUUAUCCUCGUCAAUUUGCAAUAUAUAAUUUAUUUAUUUUUGUGGCUCACUGAAUCACAGAUUUACUUUUAUUUAAAUAAAAAAAUGAACAUUCCUCAAAUAUAUUAUAUAAUUUAUUAAACAUGCUGAUAUGUAGAAUUUAAUUUAUCUACUGCAUAGAUAUUAUCUUUUGGCAGUAAUAAUACGACGGGUGAUAAUUAUCUAAUUAUUGUGUUUCGUUUGUGGCUGAUUGUGGGCAGCUUGUACUUCCUGUGCUGCUGUUUCCUCAUCCAAGACUGCUGUGGGCCACUCUUCGGCGGCCCACCGGGCCCACCGGGCCCACCAGGGCCUUUCUGA